CAACAAAAAGGAGAAUGGAAACUGAUUCUGAUUCUCCUGGAGUGACUUUGGUACUCACAGGUCUGGAAGUGAAGUUAACUCCUUCUGCAGUGGUGACAGAGGGUCAGAGAGUCACACUGACCUGCAGUACCAGCUGUCCUCUGACUGACAACACAAACUACAUCUGGUACCUGAACAGUCGACCUCUGACCCUGCCAGAGAACCAGAACAAACGCCUGGUUCUAGACCCAGUCAGCAGUCAGCAUGCAGGAAGCUACUCCUGUGCUGUCAAAACCCAAAACAACAUCAGCUCUCGUGAAAAGACUCUCACUGUCCACAGUAAAACAGGAAAAUGGACACCAGCAGCAGCUGCAGGAGUCGGAGCUGUUCUCCUGGUUAUAAUACCUCUCACUGUCUUCCGGUGGAUUAGGCCAAAGAGGACAUCCAGCCAGCCUCCAAGAACUGAAACAUCACAUCACAACAUGGAGCAGAUAAACCUUGAUCUCAUGUAUGAAAACAUCUCAGCUCAACAAACAGAGCAGGUUGACCAUCACUAUGGCAGACUUCACUUCUCUAAGGACGACACAGAUGCUCUCUACUCCACCAUCCAGACAGGGUCUUCUAACUGAACAAAUGUUUACUGUCAUGUUAUUUUCCCUGUUUGGUUUAGUGACUGUAAUAACUUCUGUAUUCAGGACAGACAAGUGCAAACACAGAGGCGAGCACAUAUUUCUCUGUUGAACGCAAAGGGAAAUAUUUUCUGCCUGAAAUACCAGAAUUCACUGUCACUCUUCAAGACUUCUGACCUUCAGCACCCUUUCAGUUCACUCUAAUGUGGACGACAAGUUUCUUAACGGUACUGACAUUCACAAGCAGAAGCAUGGCGACAAACUUGAAGAGAAGAGCCAGAAAAGCUCAUUGCAGCAAUCUGUCACUGUUUCUAGUGUGUUUAAUGUUCUGUUACUUUCUGGAUGACUUGCAGCUGUGAAUAAAAUUAGUAUUUGUAAAAUCUUUCCAAAUAUGAAACAUACAUGUUGCUCUGCAUGUGAUGUGGUGAACUGAAAGAUCAUAGACAUUUUAUCUGUA